UGUUAAGCAAACAAGUGACAUAAAGAGAGUAGUGAGUGGAUCACCCCAAACACAAGAACCGGUCAAAUCUAAGUACUAAACCUUCUAUAUCCGGUACAAACACAUGUUAGUUACCGGUUACUCCCUUCUUAGGAUAUGUGAAAAUGGUCAAACGUUUGGAAACAGUUACUUGUGAGGAGGGGUUUAAGAACAACACAAAGGUUGUGUGGUUUUUCAGGAGGUUUUUGUUGUUCAUUCUUUCAGACAUAAUAACACAAAGGAUAUGUAUCUGCUUCAGUUUCAAACCGGAUAAGAGGCGAAAACUUUGUCUUCUAAUGAUCAUGUGCAUGUUUUAUGAUAAGGGGUGUCUUCAUAACACAAGGAAGCUGGUUUUAUGUUUAUCUAAUGACUUUUUCUUAUAGGAAUGAUUUUCUGAGAUAUGGUUAUGCAGAAGAGGUUGGAUUAUGGUUUUAAUGGCUAUGAAGUUCCUUCCGUUCCUCGAGCUUCGAGAUCUCCAAGGGGAAGAGGUAAAAUCAGGAAGAAACCCGACAGCAAUCAGAUACAGGCAUUUGAUAUUUUGGCUAGUGUAGCUGGCAAUCUCUUGCAGAAGAAUCAGAUUUUGGUUCCUGAUAAUGCUGCUUCUGCGAAAGAUCCUCGUUCUUUUUCUGGUGUUAGCGUAAAGGAAAACAAACAAGAGAAUCAAGCAGGACCGUUUAAGGAGGAACGAUUCAAGCAUGGAACUUGUUGUGAAGUUGUCUCCGGUUGUGUCCCUAGUUUGCAAUUGAAACAGGAAAACCAAAGAGUCAUGGGCGAUUCUUCUUCACCUGAAAACCAUCUUGAAGGACAAGGACAGAAUGUCCUCGAGAGGGAAGAUGAACGUGUGAAAAUGAGAACCACGAAUGAGAAAGUCAUCCACAUUAAAAGCAGAUCGGAUGGAUUAAUAGAACCAGGCCAAAAAGCAUCGAAAGAUUGCAGUGCAGAAAAUCACGUGGAAAAGCCUUCGUUGGAGGGUCGUAGCCACAUGAAUCUUGAUUCUUUAGCAAAUGGUUGCGCUACAAGGAAAUUAGUUAAUAGAGAUGAUGACGAAAACUUUGUUAGGUGUGCUCAACCGAAUUCAAAGAUUAAGAUAUCUGGCUCACCCGGCUCACCACCAGAUACGAUAAAGGUUAAGGAUGCAAGUCAUUUUGUGAAUGAUGAGAACAAUAGCGGGGACAAUUCGGUGCUUGAAAAUUCCGAAAGGAUGUACCCAUUUAAGAAAAGAAAGUUUUUCUAUCAAACUUCAUCGUCUACGUCUGAUAGCUGGUCUCACUGUCAAGGCAUAGUUGAUUCUUCUAGUACAAGGGUUAAUGGUACAAACCAUGGUGCAGGUGCAACAAUGCAUGUAAUUGAAGAAUCGUCUUCUAUGGCUGAUCAACAAGUACAUCCCGCGUCCAAGGGUUGUAAUGUGAAGCUUAGCAUAAAAUCCUUUAAAGUCCCCGAGCUUUUUAUCGAUAUACCUGAGACCGCAACGAUUGGUUCACUCAAGAGGACGGUAAUGGAAGCUGUGACAGCUAUACUUGGAGACGAACUACAUGUAGGCAUACUUCUUCAGGGAAAGAAGGUUCGAGAUGACAGCAAAACUUUGAUCCAGACCGGGAUCUCUCAAGAUGACAAACGCCAUAGGUUAGGAUUCAUGUUGGAGCCAAGACAUAACCGAAUGUCAUCUUCGUACAAUGACGACCCUUGUUUCCUAACCACUGGUUCACGACAAAAGCUAUCUAGGCAAUCGAAUUCUUUAAUGUUACAACAAGGAAGUUAUAAUGUGUCUCGAGAACGUUCUACGGUCAAAAUCGAAAAUUGUGCGGAAGGUGAUCUUAACGGGGUGUCCUCUCUAGGAGAUACUUCAGCUAACAACAAUAACAUGUCAAAAUGCCGCGCCCUGGUGACAGUUCCUGCCAUCAACAUGGAUGCAUUAGCUGUGGUUCCGUACCGGCGCAAAUCAGGGAAUCCUGACUUUGGACAGCGCCGCAUAAGGAGGCCGUUUUCUGUUCUAGAAGUUGAAGCAUUGGUUCAGGCAGUUGAAAAACUAGGAACCGGAAGAUGGCGAGAUGUCAAACAACGCGCUUUUGACAAUGCUAAGCAUCGAACUUAUGUGGAUUUGAAGGAUAAGUGGAAGACAUUGGUUCACACAGCGAGAAUCUCCCCUCAGCAAAGAAGAGGAGAGCCUGUUCCUCAAGAGCUUCUCGACAGGGUCUUAGCCGCUCAUGCCUAUUGGUCUCAACAACAAUGUAAGCAUCAACUUAAAUCAAUGUGAGCCUUUUACGAUAUCGAAGAAAGCAGAAUCGGAACAACUUACAUUACUGCAGAAGUAUACAGUGUUCAGAAAGAUAGUAUAUGUUAAUUUCCAUAUAUUUGCUCAAAUAUAUAUGAUCCAUAAUUUACCUUCCCUAAGAGCCAUGUAAUGGUUGGGGUGAUUUGUACAUGAUUAUUUGACCAUAGGGUACAUUCUUAUUCUUAUGAUACCUUAUGGUCAAAUAUUGGUAUGCUAUUAAAAGCAAAACUAGAAUAAUGAAAUAUGUAUAGGAGUUAACACCACACAUCACAUGAAUUUGUUGUUAUUAUCUUGAAUACUACGCAUAAAAAGUUACCUAUGAAUAGGUACAAUUGAAUA